CACCACUUCCUCAUACCCCGCGCGUGAAAGUCAGUUGCAGACUCCAACCUUGCGGUUCUCUCUCCACUUCUAUCACGCUCUCACAAAUCAUCUCAAGCCUUAUCAACCAGCCUUGCAAGCAUAUCGCUGUUCUUCGGAACACCAUUCACCGUUAUAUCAGAGAUAGACGACAGAAAAAUACUAAUCAAUCCAAGAACCAUUAGCUUGGAGAUCUUGGAGCUUGCUCAAUUCAUUGGAGCUUCCUCCAUCCCCCUCUCCCACCACACCGGGCUUCAUCAUCUGAAGUUAUAAGAUACAGCAGCAGCACUGUCCACAGCAUGGCUACCGCAUCAGUAUCGACACCCCUCAAGUCCCAUGCCGGACUUUUCUCAUCCCGUACCGCUGGCGGGCGGAUGCCAUUGACUCCUUCUCCUCGACAACGCUCUGCUCAGGGAAACACCAACUCAUCCCCGUUCACGCCCGAAAAGUUGAGCGGUGACAGUCAGCGAGCAUCUUCAAAGUCGGUCUACGGUGGCAAUCUUUCAUCACAUUUUGCCAAGGCCUCGUCCAAGGGUCACCGGGACUCGCCCAAGUCGAAUAUCGCUCGCAGUGUCUCGACGCCGCGCAAGGUUCUGGAGCUGGGCGUGUCGGAUUUCACUCUCACCGGUACUGGCGCCCACAAUAAGACGCCGGUGAGUCCCAAGAUCAAGAAGGCAGCGGCACCUCUGAGGCAGAAGUCAACCAAGACAACCCUGACAUACAACGCCGAUCGCUUUAUUCCAAACCGCGGCGCCAGUUCCGCCAUUGCCAACGUCGGGUCCGGGAAGCUCGACAUGCAGGAGAAGCAGCGCCCGAGGAGUGGAAACGGCGAGGCGUCUUCGAUCCUCGCAAGCGCCACUGAUGAUGCAAUUGCCGCUCUUGAGGGCCUCAACAUCGAUGACGAGGAACCCGCUUCCUACUCGCGACCCUCACCCAGCUCGGCUGCAUACCAGGACUCGUUAGCCAGUGCAUGCGGUGUCAAUGUCAACACUCGCAUCCUCCAAUUCAAGCCCGCACCCCCAGAGUCAUCCAAGCCAAUCGACCUGCGACAGCAGUACAACCGCCCGCUGAAGCCCGCCAACGCGAGCUCGGCCCAGUUCAGGCGCCGCAUUGCGACGGCACCGGAGCGCGUCCUGGAUGCGCCUGGUCUUAUUGAUGACUACUACCUCAAUCUCCUCGACUGGAGCUCGGGCAACCAGGUUGCCAUAGGUUUGGAACGAAACGUCUACGUCUGGUCGGCGGAUGAAGGCUCAGUGAGCUGCCUCCUCGAGACAAGCCCGGACACAUAUGUCAGCAGUGUCAAGUGGUCGGGCGAUGGUGCGUACGUGGGCGUCGGUCUCGGUACUGGCGAGGUGCAGAUCUGGGACGUGGCCGAGGGCGUCAAGAUCCGCAGCAUGUUUGGCCACGACACGCGGGUUGGUGUCAUGGGCUGGAACAAGCACCUCCUGUCGACCGGUGCGAGAAGCGGGCUUGUGUUCAACCAUGAUGUCCGUAUUGCCGAGCAUAAGGUGGCAGAGCUCGUCUCGCACACAUCAGAGGUCUGCGGCCUUGAAUGGCGGUCGGACGGUGCGCAGCUCGCUACUGGCGGGAAUGACAAUCUCGUGUCCAUCUGGGAUGCCCGCUCCCUGGCCGUCCCCAAGUUCACAAAGACCAACCAUAAGGCGGCCGUCAAGGCUCUGGCAUGGUGCCCAUGGAAUAUGAACCUGCUCGCCACCGGAGGCGGUUCCUACGACCGGCACAUCCAUUUCUGGAACACGACAUCUGGGGCUCGUGUCAACAGCAUCGACACCGGCUCGCAGGUGACCAGCCUCCGCUGGAGUACCCACUACCGCGAGAUUGUCAGCUCCAGCGGCUUCCCUGACAACUCGCUGAGCAUCUGGAGCUAUCCCACUCUAGUCCGCAACGUCGAAAUCCCCGCGCACGAGAGCCGAGUGCUACACAGCUGCCUCAGCCCGGACGGUCAGAUGCUGGCCACAGCAGCUGCCGACGAAAGCCUGAAGUUCUGGAAGAUCUUUGAGAAAAAGGCUGGUGCUGGCGCUGGUGUAGCUGGCGCCGGCGCGUCUGGCAAGGCCAGCUUGGACAAGCAGAUGACGAUCCGCUAGACCGCUGGACGUUUUCCUCGGCACCUCAGUCCGCGACCAGUCGUAUGUGAAGGUCAAUUGUUCAACCGAUGGUAGGUAUACACGGUUCCCUUUGGGAUUCCUGCAUCUCAAGAGCUUUCAGCGCGGCGUUGGGAGUUUGUUCAUAGAACUUCGCCUGGCAAGGCAACCGAGACACUGUCUGUCACACGCAGGAAUGAAUGAAAUCGGCUGGGUCAUGGCUUAUGGAACUCCCGGGAGGUUUCAUUGUCAGUCAUAGGUCGGAUCAGGUCAGACCGGUAUUGUAAUGUAGUAUAGUUGUCAUGAUAGGAAUGGAGGUGAAGGCGGCGUUUGUUCAUGUAUUUGAUGUAUGUCAUGAUGCUGCGUGGUGGGCAUAUCCAGCCGUAGUUUACUGCACAUCUAUCCGUAAAUCGUAAGCCAUCAAGGCAUUGCGUUCAUUUUCUUCUUCUCUGACUUAACAUCGACCUUAUUGCAAAUCGUCAAAAUGCGGCAGG